AGCAGAAGUUCUGGCAGAGCAGUCCUUCAGCAGCCAGAGCUACAAAAUUCCACUAAAGUUAUUAAAGCAGCAAAACCCAGGACAAGGAAAUGCAGCAAGGCUGAGGAUUUUGGUGAUAUUGCAAACUGGCCAACACCAAGCGAAAUAGCAAACAAUGAAUGUAAGAAUGCAAGUCACAGUAAGAAGCCAACAAAUAGAAGAGAAAAGGAGGAGAAAUCUGAUCAGAAAAGCAAUAAUGGAAUCAAGGACAAUCCGGAGGCCAAGCCAGAUGGUCUGGCAGAUAACACUAGCGAAGAUGAAGCUCAAACUAACAACCAAAGGAAAAAAGGUAACAAGCAGAAAUGGGUGCCACUCCACUUGGACGAUGUCAGGUCAGACAGUCAAGAAAGACCAGGCUCUCGAGCUAGCUCCAGAUUUCUGCUGGAAACAAACAAGUUAAUACCUCAUAACAACAGAAGGAAUGAGGCAAGAAACUGGCGGCGUGAGAGAGAGAAGAGAGAUGAGCAGGAUGAAGUGUGCAGCGUGAGGAGCGAGGGCAGCGGCGUCAGAGGCUUCUCCAGGGGCAGGGGAAGAGGGAGAGGCAGAGGGAGAGGACGAGGCAGAGGAAACCCGAGAAUGAACUUUGACUAUUCAGUCGGCUAUCAGGAGCUGUAUGGUGAAGCAAUUGACCAAGUCUUUCAGCCUGAGCUGAACACUGGUGUGAUGUAUUACUAUGGUGAUGGAACAGGAGUGCAGAUGUAUUCCGUGGAUGAAGCACUUCUCAAAGAAUAUAUAAAACACCAAAUUGAGUAUUAUUUCAGCACAGAGAAUUUGGAAAGAGACUUCUUUUUGAGGAGAAAGAUGGACCAACAAGGCUUUCUGCCUGUCUCCCUGAUCGCCAGCUUCCGUCGCAUGCAAGCUCUGACUACAAAUGCUGCACUCAUUCUGGAGGCCCUAAAGGACAGUACAGAAGUUGAAACUGUGGAUCAGAGGCUAAGAAAAAGGGUUGAUCCAGAAAAGUGGCCAAUUCCAGGUCCUCCUCCGUGCAGCCUGCCUCCAACUGACUUUUCUCAGCUCAUCAAUUGCCCAGAAUUCAUACCAGGCCAAAUUUUUGGCUCACAUACUGAGUCUGCACCAAGUUCUCCAAGAAUGGGAAGCCCACUGAGUCCGAAGGAAAACACUGAGACAAGUAAUUUUCAGGCAAUGUCUAAAGGAUUGUCUACCAGUUUGCCUGAUUUGGACUCUGAACCUUGGAUAGAAGUGAAGAAGAGGCAUCGUGCAUCCACAGUCAAACUAAAGGAAAGUGUUCCUCUGCCUGACCAAGCAGCAGAUGAACACCAGCCACCUCCACCUCCAGAGGAACAAGAACAAGAAGAGCUUGAAUUUUUGUUUGAUGAAGAGAUGGAACAAAUUCAGGGGCGGAAGAAUAAAUUUACGGAUUGGUCAGACAGCGACUCCGAUUAUGAAAUUGAUGAUCAGGACAUAAACAAGAUUCUGAUUGUAACACAGACACCACCGUAUGUGAAAAAACAUCCUUGUGGAGAGCGUACUGGCAACCACGUGUGCCGAGCAAAAAUCACUUCAGAGCUGGCUAAAGUCAUUAAUGAUGGCUUGUACUAUUAUGAACAGGAUUUGUGGAUGGAUCAGAAUGAAAACGAUGCCAUGAUGAAGCAAGAGAUUGAGAACUUUAAGAAGCUAAAUCUCAUUAGUAAGGAAGAAUUUGUUAGCCUUGCACCAGAAUAUGCUGAACCAACUCCAGAAGUUCCUCCAGGACCUCCAGGGUUACAGAAAGCAGAGGAGCUGGCUAGAAACUUCCUUGGUCUUGAAGUAGCUCCAGCACCCCCAGGAAUAGCUCGAUCGCUGCCGACAGCCGUUCCCGAUUCCCCCCGUGUCCACCCUGGCUUCAUCCUGAGAACUCCUCGCACCCCGAGGCUGCAGGAUCCCAACAGAACACCCAGGUUCUACCCUGUCGUGAAGGAAGCACGAUCCUUCGAUGGAAAGACUCCAAGGAAAAGAAAAACACGCCACAGUACGAAUCCUCCCUUGGAAUGCCACGUUGGUUGGGUGAUGGAUUCCAGAGACCACAGGCCAAGAGCCUCCUCUGUGAGCAGUUCCAAUGCCUCACCUUCAGAGGGAGCUCCACUGGCAGGAGGUUAUGGCUGUACCCCAAAUUCUCUUCCAAAAUUCCAGCAUCCUUCCCAUGAACUGUUAAAGGAAAAUGGCUUCACUCAACAGGUGUACCACAAAUAUCGGCGAAGGUGCUUAAUGGAGAGGAAACGGUUGGGAAUUGGCCAGUCCCAAGAAAUGAACACACUAUUUCGAUUCUGGUCCUUUUUUCUGAGAGAUCACUUUAACAAGAAAAUGUAUGAAGAAUUCAAACAACUUGCUCUAGAUGAUGCAAAAGAACACUACAGGUAUGGCUUGGAAUGCUUGUUUAGAUUUUACAGCUAUGGCCUAGAAAAGAAAUUCAGGCAAGAAAUAUUUGAGGAUUUCCAAGAAGAAACAAAGAGGGACUAUGAAGCUGGUCAGCUGUAUGGACUGGAAAAAUUUUGGGCUUACCUAAAAUACUCUCAGCACAAGACUCCAGCUGUUGACCCCAAACUGCAGGAAUACCUGAGUAAAUUCAGGAGACUGGAGGACUUCAGGGUGGAUCCUCCCAUUAGUGAAGAAUCUGGCAGGAGGAGAUCAGUUGCUGCGACAGGUGAGGAUUCAGGUCAUCGCAGGCAUCAGUCUAAACCUCCUAAAACACUUGUUGCCACUAAACCUGCCACUGCCUGUCAGUCCCAGGCAGUGGGAAACACUACCAGUGGGAAUACUGUGCAAGCAUCCACGGGCUGUAGCAAUGCUGCCACAAAAUCUAUAGAAAGUGAUGUACCAGAAAAAUAG